AUGAUUGACUACAAGCACGGAAACUGGGGAAUGAAAGUCCUCCUCAUGUGGAGGGGGUCCGUGAUCCCAAAAGCGCUUGUGUGGUCUAUCCCGUGCGCAACGAUUACAGUGCUCUUGCACGUCUUCUGGGUGACGGCAAAGGGCGAUAGCAGUACGGAGAUGGAGGGGAUCAAUACCAUCUAUUCUGGCUACACCUUCGUAAUUGGCUUUCUCAUUGUUUUUCGAAGCAAUCAGGCGUACUCACGGUUUUGGGAGAGCGUCACUUUGUUUCACCAGAUCACGGGGGAGUGGACCAGCGCUGUCAGCAACCUACUCUCCUUCUGUAGUCCCAGCGAAGAAAAGCAGCCGGAAGUGGAGGAGUUUCGACAGUACCUCAUCCGCUUGCUCAGCCUUCUCCACUGCAAUGCCCUGCAAACAAUCUGUGACCUCGCAGACGACACCCUGGAGGUUCUUAAUCUGGGUGGCAUCGACGCAGAAAGCCUGCUGCACCUGCGGACGAGUCCGGAUCGCUGUGAGAUUGUGAUGUUGUGGAUUGAGCGCUUGAUUGUGGAAGCAGACAGGAAGAAGACCUUGGAGGUGCCUCCCCCGAUCCUCUCGCGAGCGUUCCAAGAGCUCUCCCGUGGCAUGGUCAGCGUGACCAAUGUGCGGAAGAUCCGCAAGGUACCGUUCCCUUUCCCGUACUCGCAGUACCUGUCGUAUAUGUUGAUCAUCCACUGGUUCCUCACGCCACUCGUGGCCAGUCAGACGGUCUUGAAGCCUUGGUGGGCCGGUAUUAUUGUUUUUGUGGUUUCUACAUCGUACUGGACGCUGUUCUACAUAGCGCAGGAGAUCGACCAGCCCUUCGGGGAGGACGCGAACGACCUGCCCGUGAGGGAUAUGCAGCGCGAGUUCAAUGCCAAGCUGGAGUUCUUUGUCCAGCCGCUGUCGUGGACCGUGCCUCCUUUCAGCCUGGACGUGGAAGAAUCAGUUCAAGUCAAAGUCUUGAACUCGAGCUUCUCGUUUCGAGGCCAUGCCGACGAGGUCUCAGUCUCCAGAUCUUCACGCAGAAUCAGCGCUGGGCCAGACGACAUCUUUACGACCAUCGCCAAGGACCCGGUCCUAAGUGCGAGCUUCUUCAUCCCGUCGGAGCUGCCAAAGGAUGUCUCUGUCAAUCAUCGGCUGGAGCUUCCCGAACUGCGAGUGUUCUUGUCACAACUGCUACCGCCGGAGUUGGAGCUCAACACCAGCCUAUGGAAAGAGCUGGAAAGCAAAGUCCUUGCCGGGGGGCCCGCGGAACCGGACACCGACAGGCUCGGCGACAGGGUCGCCGACAAGGUGACCGACAAGGUCGCCGACAAGGUCGCCGACCUUAGGUCGACUCGAAUCUCUCCCCACGAGCUGUCACAGAGGCUGGCCAGCUACUUGAAGGCCAGGCCUCCCACACUUGACGGGGAGUUGCGGAUGCUGGAUCAGCUGCUGGCCGACAAGUUCCGGCUUCUGGAGAGAAUAUGA